AUGGACUUUAUGUUUAUAUUACUCUGCAUUCUGAUGGACGUCCUAACCAGCAGCUGUCAAGUCUUCCAACAGGGACGCAUUGUGGGAGGAUACGCACCAGUUCCACAUUCAAUCAGGUACAUUGUAUCGAUACAGACGACAGACCGUCGACACCUUUGUGGGGGUUCCUUGAUCACUCGGGACUGGGUCAUCACAGCAGCACACUGUGAUAUCGGGGUGGAUAAAAUGACAAUAGUGGCUGGAGAUUACUCUCUGAUCAUCUAUGAAGGGACAGAGCAGGAAAUCGUACCCAAGCUAUUGGUGCCUCAUCCCAAGUACAGCAGCUCAACCAAUAACAAUGACAUCAUGCUCAUAAAACUGAGUUCCCCGGUGGAUCUGAACAACUUUGUAUCCAUCACAUUACUGCCCAGUCAGAGUGCCUCCAUUGCUGAGGGCAGGCUGUGCCGGGUGUCUGGGUGGGGAUUCACAAAACCAGAAGGAGGCCAGAUCCCUUCCACGCUGCGCACGGUUAAGCUGCCUAUCAUCGACUCGAAUAAAUGCAACACCAGUGACUCUUUCAAUGGCAGCAUCACAGAAAACAUGCUCUGUGCCGGCUACAGUAUCGGCGGGAAGGAUGCCUGUCAGGGGGAUUCUGGGGGUCCACUGGUAUGCGAUGGACUUCUCUACGGCUUAGUGUCCUGGGGUAAUGGGUGCGCUGAUGCCCAAUUUCCUGGAGUCUAUACCGCUGUAUCCAAGUACCGCAGGUGGAUAGACGAUACGAUACUUAGCCACCAGAGCAGAUGUACCAAUUAG